AUGGUGAUUUCACAUCAAAUUUUAGCAAAUCCACUUAUUGUUGAAGAUUCAUCUGAUGGAAUGGUUAAUAACAAUCAAAAUUCGGUUCAAACUCAUGAUUACAUAUAUAAUGAUAAUUUUGAAAAAAUAUUACCUGAGUUUUAUAAUCAUGAAAAUCUUCAACAUCUUUAUGAUAAAAUAUCAAAACGACGAGCACAAGCAAAAGCCAAUCUUGCUGGUUUAUGGGGUGUACCAACAAGAUUUGCAUAA